AUGGAUAAUGGAAAAAAUGAAAAUACUAAUAAUUGCUCCAAUCCCUUGUCCCUAUGUACAAAUGAUUUAAAAUUAGAAGAACGUGAUAAUAAAUCAGGAGAACAUGAGUCCACUGAUGACAAUCAUAAAGGUCUUAUAAAGCAAAAUGGCAUUUACAGAACAGCUGUUUUUAAUAACAAGAGGAUUCAAAUUUAUCAAUACAAAACCUUUCCAAAAAAUUAUCUACAAAGCGUAUACCAACUGUUGGGGAGUGAAUUAUCUGAACCAUAUAACAUUUUUUUACUUAAAACGAUUUUGAAGAACUAUAGCGAAAUUGCACUGAUGUGCUUAUGUGAUGAAGAGUGUAUGGGCACAGUAAUAAGCAAAAUUACGACAAAAUGUAAAGAUGAUGAACUAACGACAUUCGGAUAUAUAUGUAAAAGGAAGAAGCAAAAAUACAUAAAUUUAGCGUGCACAUACCUAUUAAAUGAGAGUAUAAAAUUAAUGCAAGAUUUGUAUGGCAUAAAUGAGUGCCAUACUGCGCAUGACAUUCUAAUUUUUGUCAUUAUAGGUUUCUAUGAAAAAAACGGAUUCAUUAGAGUGAAAAGGAAGCCCUACUAUUACUUAAGCGGCGUUGACGCCUUCAAAUUAAGGAAAAUAAUAUAG